AUGGAUAUGAGUUCUGUAGAUCUUACCGACAUGGGCACAUUGAUCCGUGCAGUCCUCGACGAUCCUAAUACCAGUCGUCCGCGUAUCUCAGGCAUCACACAGCUCUUUUACUCGGCACGUGGGCCAUGUGCGCUCCCAAACGACCCCCAAAAAGUCAAGAUAGGCUAUUAUGUUAGCGACCGUGGUCCGUGUCAAGGUCUGUGUCAAGAAUACUCCCUGGAGGACUUCGAUAAUUUUCCCAAAAGCCGAGAGGAGGAGAAACGCAUCGUUGGAUACCCAGUCCAUAUGCAUUGCUGGAUUAUUUUAACAUGGAUCAUUGGAAAGGAGCUCCUUGAAAGCAACCUCAACAUCCUCUUGAAGUCUGCACAGAAGCUCGACAGAGACCAGCGCGGUAUGGUAGAUGAAACCCUCGCUCUUGGAUUUGAUAUUCUCUACGCCCGAGGCGAAGACGGAAAGCGACGGUGCCUCAACCAGUCUUAUCAAAGCCCAGCAUUUGUCCCAAGAAUUCAAUGCGUGAUUGAUGAGGCCCGAGAAAUGCGGCCUCGAACCGAUGCCAUAAGGAAACGGUGGAAGCAGCCUUUGGUCCAGAUUCCCGCUGACCUGAUUUUGAUCAUAAUUGAAAAGCUUCGGGUUUGGCCAUGGAUAAUUGAUAGCGGAUUCAAAGACAUAAUCAACGCCAUGUGCACCUUUCAAUGGAUAUUGUGUGACACCUAUUGGCAAGGUUACUGCGCCAGAACGCUUGUAUUCGAGUACGAGGGUCUUAUCGAAUCCAAACAGUUGAUUGACUGGCAAUUUCUCAGCUUGAGGGUGCGACAUCUUUUUGAUGGUCACCAAACCUUUCAUCUAAGUUAUAGAACCCAGUUAAUUUGGCGGGCCCAGAAAAUUGAGAAAGACUUUCUGAAGAGCCUGAAGGCGAAUCAAUAUCUUACUCCAACUUAA